CGCUGAGCUUUGUGUUCCAGGAGGUAUCAUGCUUCGUUUCUGAUCGUCUGAACUAGAUCACAGAUUUAUCCUCUCCUCUAACAAUACACCCACCUUGUGCAGUGGCUUACCCCAUCUGGUGGCCAUUUCCGAAUCACGUGGACCUUUAACUGUCUAGUAAGUAGUAGCGGCUCAGACCAGAAUAGUGUAGAACCUUAAACUUGGAGGUUCAAAAUCGUUGAGACCGUAGUUGUUCGAUUCUCUCACAGUCAGAUCUAGAUUGAUUUAGGCUUUUUUUAUAUCUUCAAUAUUUUUCACGGUGACACUGAUUUUCAGAAGAAUUGUUAAAUUAGUAUCAGGACAUUAGCCCUAUCGGCAGGUUCACGUAUAGUAGCCGUAACACUCAAUCUCGAAGCCUCUUCACAAAUAUCCCGCUUGUCUGGCUGAGAGUGGACUGGCUCGAUAACACGACAUUAACGGCUCUCGAACAGCCCAAUCGUCCAGAAAUCGGCAUAGGAUGAGACGAUAACCGUCAUCGAGUGCGACAGGGGUCAGAAAAAAAAAGCAAUAUCCUCGGAGUUCAACCGGUCUGGGACAGAAUAAGUUGCCCGGCGUUGGUCAGCCAUCCGAACAGGGCUCAAGAACCGCAUUUUUUCUACAUACACUAUGAAGAUGGUCCAGUGUGCAGGGUGCGAUCGGCCAAUCUUGGACCGUUUCUUACUGAAUGUCCUGGAUCGGUCCUGGCACGCUGCUUGCGUCCACUGUUGCGAGUGCAAGUGCAACCUGACAGAAAAGUGUUUCUCCCGGGAUGGAAAACUUUACUGCCGGAACGACUUUUUCAAGCGGUUUGGGACCAAAUGUACUGGUUGUAGUCAGGGGAUAUCCCCCACAGACCUCGUCCGAAGAGCUCGUAAUAAGGUCUUUCACCUUAAAUGUUUCACGUGCAUGAUGUGCAGGAAACAGCUGUCAACAGGAGAAGAACUGUACGUUCUGGAUGAAAAGUGUUUCAUUUGUAAGGAAGACUACCUAAAUAGUCGACAUAAUCAAG